UCUGGCUGGAAGGAAGAUGAAGUGUUGAGUCUGACUUGGGAUAGACUUACGUUUCUGAGCGAUGGGGACAAAGACGGACACUUUGGGGUGGCCUUGUCCUGGGAUCUUCAUAGUCACCAUUGUGUUUGGUUCCUUAGUGACGGUUGCUGAUACAAAGUUGGUGGACGGCUUUCUGUCGGGAGAGCAAGCAAUAUGUGCAGGAAAUAACAGUACCCUACUGGAAUCGGAACUAGAUUCUGGCAACAUCAAAGAUUUCUGUAAAUUUACAGUUACGAAAUAUGCGUGUGCUCAGCCUCCGCUGCUGGCGAAACUGACCCCCGAGAAUCUGACCCUCAUCCUCCACUGUUUUGUGGUGACGAGGCCAGUGGGCAGCUCGGAGCAGAAUGCCACCAUCCUCUUCAUUCAGAAGCUCAGCCAACAGGAACUGGAGGACGCGCUGGAAAGACUGAACGGGAAGAUCAAUGAUACAGCACGGAUUCCGCUGGAGGCCAAAGAGGCCUUUCUCACUGCCUUGUGUGAGAGAUGGAAAUUCGACAUAAACUUCAAAAACGUGACGUUUCUGGAGAACUUGUUUCAGUUGUUCAGACCAUUCAUUGCUGGCAUUUCCCAACCCAUCCUGGAGUCCUUUCACUCCCAGAACAUGUCGUGUGAGAGCUUCCAGGCUGUUGUUCACGGAUUCAAUGCAAGUUUGUCUGAGAUGCCGGCAACCACGAAGAGUAUUGUAGAGACAUGGAUCUUCAGAUCUAUUGAUGUCAUAGGUGCUGAUUGCUUCACCAAGAGCAGUGGCUCCAGAGACUGGCUACUGAAAAACUGGGGUCUGAUCAGCGAUCUCAUUUGGAAAGAGAAUUUCACCGAUUCCUACAUGAAUUCCACUGAAGUCGUGGUUCCAAUCGUUCAGAAUGACGUUGUGAGAGACACCAUUCUGAGUGGCAUAUUCCAGCAAUUGACACCCCUCUUUCAAACCUUCACCCCCUUGGACUUCACUGAUUGGUUCCAGGUCAAGUUACCGCCGCUCCUACCCAGCAUCAAGUCCGACGAGUUGGCCAACAUUCCUACGAAUAUAACCUGUGAAUCCUACCAAGCCAUAGUGAAAGGGUUGUCCAGUGUACACCUCAACCUGACAGUGACUCAGUCUCUGGACAUCUUCAACUUUGGGAAAAACUUCCUGAGCUUCCAACUCAAAUCAUCAGAUUCCCACAGUGCUGCAUGUACCACCAACACUAACGGAAGCCGGGAAUGGGUGUUGAAGAACUUUGUUGGAUUCAUGGCAGAAUUCUCCAUCAGAGACCUCUUGGCUCUCAACAAGAAUUUUUCCGGCGAGCUGAUUGGUAGCAUUCCCUGUCUCCAGUGA